AUGUUCUUGCUUUCCACAACAGUGCUGCUGGCCAGUAUUAGCCAGCUCACUCUGGCUCAGUUCGUGACUCCUCCCAAGAAUCUCACGAGCAAAACAGGUUACGCCGAUGUCACUGUCCGCUACAAGUCUGUCCCAGCAGGCAUUUGCGAACAAGAUCCCGAUGUGAAAAGCUAUGCGGGCUACGCGGACGUGGCGCCUGGCCAGCAUAUCUUCUGGUGGUUCUUCGAAAGCCGAAACGUCGACCCUACUGAGGCGCCGUUGACCAUCUGGAUCAAUGGCGGUCCCGGCUCGUCAUCGAUGAUUGGCCUGUUUCAAGAAUUGGGACCCUGCCGAGUCAAUGAGGACGGAGAGGCCGUGAACAAUCCAUACUCAUGGUCAAACGUCAGUAACAUGAUCUUCAUCGACCAACCUACGCAAGUCGGCUUCAGCUACUCGACCCCUGUGCCCGGCUACGAAGACCCGAACUCUGGAUACCUUGUCGAGCUACCUAGCAACAAUUGCCCUGGCUAUGCCAGCGACUGGGCAUGCGGUACGUACUCGUACUGGAACGAAUCCUUGACCGCGAACAACACGCCCGCCGUGGCCCCGAACAUGUGGAAGACCCUGCAAGGUUUCAUGGGCGCGUUCCCCGAGUAUUCGAGGCAAGAGAUCAACUUUGCAACAGAGUCAUAUGGCGGCCACUACGCACCCAUCGUUUCUGAAUAUUUCAUCCAACAGAACGCACUGAACAUCAGCGGCGCGCAAAACAUUAACCUCCAGCACGUUCUGAUCGGGAACGGAUGGUACGACCCACUGGUCCAAUACCAGGCAUACUACAACUUCAGUGUAUCCCCGGGCAACACCUACAACGUCAGCCCGUUCAACCAGAGCGUCAAGAACCAAUGGUACAACAACCUGUACGGGCCGGGAAACUGCUACGACCAAACCCUCGACUGCAACACGCGCGGCAUCGACGAAAUCUGCUCAGCAGCCGACAACUUUUGUUUCCAGCAAGUUGAAAACCUGUACGACAUUUACCUGAACCGCGACGAGUACGACGUGCGGUACCUCGUGCCCAACCCGUUCCCGCAAUCCUACUACAUCGACUACCUGAACACGGCACGCGUGCAGGCCGCCAUCGGGGCGUACGUCAACUACUCCGAGUCGUCGUCGGCGGUGGGCAACGCGUUCGGCAGCACGGGCGACGACGACCGCGAGAUCGGCACCGUGGCCGCCAUGCAAGCCUUGCUCGCCCAGAACGUCUCGGUGACCAUGUACUUUGGCGACGCCGACUACAACUGCAACUGGCUCGGCGGCGCAGUGGUGGCCGACCACGUCGCAAGCCCCGGCUACGCGGCCGCGGGCUUCACCGACAUCCGCACCAGCGACGGCGUCGUGCACGGCCAGGUCCGCCAGGCCGGCAACUUUGCCUUUGUCCGCAUCUACGAGUCGGGCCACCUCGUGCCGUUUUUCCAGCCGCUCGUCGCCCUCGAGCUCGUCGACCGCACCAUUCACGGCCUGGACGUCGCCACGGGCCGCACCCCAAUCUCGUCGGCGUACCUGACCAUGGGCACCGACACGUCGACUUUUGUCGAGGGCAACCGCACCGUGCAGUUCAAGGUCACGCCCGACGGGAGCGUCUAUAACACAACGACGAACUUGCCUCAGACCGGCGGUGGCGCGGGUGACGACGGCACGGGCGAUCCGCCCAAGAGCAAGGCAAAGGCAAAGCCCAAGUCUUCGAAGAGGGCGAGCUAUAAUCUCAAGGAGGCCAGGCGCAUGAAGCUCGAGAGGCGGACGAGGAGGAGCAUGGCCAAGUCCGAGGCCAAGAGGUCCGACGACGUGAAUUUCAGUGGGUGGGUGACUUUGUAA